AUGAUGAAGGCGCAUUUUUCACUGAAGAGACAGCUGAGGCCGAUACUUACACAUGGCAUUCCAAAGGUGCAAGGAAGAUGUUUGUAUACGCAAUGUAAUCAAUCGAUAGUUGAGACCGAUAUGGAUACUUUUAAGGUGCUCAGGGAGAUUCCUUUCGGACGCAUCAGCUGCUUUGAUGUGCAGGAUAGGAUACUAGUGGUGUGUACGGAAAGCAUAACUAUAUAUGAUCUUGCGAGUGGAGAGGUGAAGGAUGUAGUUUGCACAUCGAAAGCAGAUGUGUGCGCGAUGUUUAUUGAUACGAGCGAAGGACUUGGAUCUGAGAACGAAAGACUCACAGUGGUUGUUGGCAGGAUAGAUGGCAGUGUUUCGAAAGUUGAUGUGGGAAAUAAGAAAGUGGAGUGGGCUUACAGAAUGAAAAAUCCAGUAUACAUGCUUGGAAAGGCCGGAAAUGCAGUAUAUUCGUUGGAUUGCAACGAGCUGUGGAUAAGCAGCGAUGGAAGGAUACAAAGGAGAUGCGAAGAGCCGGAAAUAGUUGGCGUUGCAUACAAUAGAGGAAUUGUGUAUAGUGUUACAAGGCAAGGGAUACUGACAAAGUGGGAAAAUGUACCGAAGAGGGUAGAUUUGGGAAUUGAGUGUGACAGGAUGGCGGGAGAUGAGAAGCAUGUAUAUGUUUGCAGGGGAAGGAGCAUGUAUGUGCAUGAUUAUGACGGGAGAUUGGAAAUGAAGCGCGACAUUUUGACAGGUAAGGAUGAGGGAGAGGUGAAAUGUGUGAGGCUCGGAAGAGAGGAAAUGAGUUUAGAGGAUGACAGUGGAAUGCAUAUGACGCCAUCGAGCUCUGUGAAUGCAAAUGGAUUGCACGAAGAAAGCGGAGACUGCUAUGAGGACGAGAGUGGCUCUGAAGAUGAGAAUAAGAUGCUCAGUGAGGCAAAAAAAAGAAAGACGGCAUGUGAUAUGAGGGAAUGGAUGAAAGGAGAAAGUGACGGGGAGGAUGGAAUGGCUAUUGAAAGUAUAGGGAGAGGCGUGAUUGUAAGCAGUGAACAGGAAAUAUUUUUUGUGGAUGAUAGCAUGAAGACGACGGCAAGUGUAAUUGGAAACAACGACGAAAUAACGGACAUGAAGCAAUGGAAUGAUGUGCUGUUUGUUGCAACCAACAGUGGGCGACUUAGAUAUGCAGUUGCAGACGAGCGUAUUGGGGAGUAUGCGUUCUGUGCAGAGAUUGUUGUAGCGCAUCAGGAUGCAAUAAUGUCGUUGUCUGUUUACGGAGACUUUCUUAUGAGUGUGUCGAAAGACAAGACGGCGAUUUUGUGGCGGAUUGAGUCUGAAUGCAGUAGUAACAGAGCAAGCAAGACGGUUUGCUUGCGAAGGAUGAAGACACUGAGAAACAGCUUGAGUGGGCAGUAA